CUUGGAGACACUGGGAUGAGAUUUGGACUUUCCAGCCCCCAAGGGCUGUGUUGCUGGAAACACCAGAUCUUCAAAUCCAAAAGCUUCUGAGACAUCAUCUCCUACUGGUUGUCAACCUGGGGGUGCCCUGGAAGGGGCCAGUCCUGCUUUUCCUGUUGACACAGUAUUUCUGCUGCACACAGGACAUUCCUGUUGAGCCCAGCCUUGCCCUUUACUCAGGAGCACGUGCACAGCUGCUCUUGCAGAGCUUGCAGAAAUUAGGGUUGGAAAUCAGGAAGUAAGCUAUGACACUGGGUCUCGUGCCCACAAAAAGGCGAGUCCUGCUGUGAGACUGCAGCUCCUCAGCCCCACAGCCAGGGCUCAGUCCCCUAUCCGACAGCAGUUGUGUCCUCUCCCUGGAUUUGAGGGACAAGAGGAGUAGGGAAGUGCCUGACUCCUGUGUUGCUGCAUUCCAGCCUGUUUGUUUGCUGCCCUUCCUGCCUGAUGGAGCCAGCGCUGGCUGAGGACCCUCCUCAAGGUGCCCAGCUGAGCCUGGUGCAGGAGCACUAGUGGGACGUGGACGGUGGCGUGUGCCACCUGCGAAGGGACAAUGGCUCAGGGCACUGGGAGCAUCAACAGUGACUACAAGGAUUGGGAGUGGAGCGACGAUGCUGGUGAACGGGCCAGGCUCCUGCAGAGCCCUAGUGUGGAGACAGUGCCCAAAAAUCCAGAGAGCCAAGGAAACAGUUUGGGGGCCACAUCAGCUCUGGGAGCUGUCUUCAUUGUGGUCAACGCUGCCCUCGGCGCUGGGCUGCUCAACUUCCCUGCUGCCUUCAGCAUGGCUGGUGGCGUGGCUGCAGGCAUCACCCUACAGAUGUGCAUGCUGAUCUUCAUCAUCGGAGGCUUGGUCAUCCUGGCAUACUGCUCACAGGCCAGCAACGAGCGCACCUACCAGGAGGUUGUGUGGGCCGUCUGUGGGAAGGUGCCUGGUGUGCUGUGCGAGGUGGCCAUCGCUGUCUACACCUUUGGCACCUGCAUCGCCUUCCUCAUCAUCAUUGGAGACCAGGAGGACAAGAUCAUUGCUGCUCUGGUGAAGGAGCCUGAGGAAGUUGGGAGCAGCCGCUGGUACACAGACCGCAAGUUCACCAUCAGCAUCACUGCCUUCCUGCUCAUCCUGCCCCUCUCCAUCCCCAAAGAGAUUGGCUUCCAAAAAUAUGCUAGCUCCCUCAGUGUGAUUGGCACAUGGUAUGUCACAGCAGUCAUUAUCAUCAAGUACAUCUGGCCUGACAAGGAGCUGGUGCCUGUGGAGAUCCCCACCAGCCCCUCCACCUGGACAGCUAUCUUCAAUGCCAUGCCCACCAUCUGCUUUGGCUUCCAGUGCCACGUGAGCAGUGUGCCCGUCUUUAACAGCAUGAAGCAGCCAGAGGUGAAGACCUGGGGGGCAGUGGUGACAGCAGCCAUGGUGAUUGCUCUCUUUGUCUACACAGGCACUGGCAUCUGUGGCUUCCUAACCUUUGGAGCUGGCGUGGAGCAGGAUGUCUUGAUGUCCUACCCCUCCAAUGACAUCCCUGUUGCCCUCGCCCGGGCUUUCAUCAUCCUCUGUGUGCUGACAUCCUACCCCAUCCUGCACUUCUGUGGCCGGGCUGUCUUGGAGGGUCUCUGGCUCCGCUAUACCGGGGUAACAGUGGAGGAGGACGUGGUUCGGGAGCGGAGGAGACGCCUGCUUCAGACCAUCAGCUGGUUCCUCCUGACGCUCCUUCUGGCUCUUUUCAUCCCUGAUAUUGGCAAAGUCAUCUCUGUCAUUGGGGGCUUGGCCGCCUGCUUCAUCUUUGUCUUCCCAGGACUCUGCCUGAUUCAAGCCAAGCUCUCCGAGAUCCAAGAAACCAGGGCAAUCAGCUGGUGGGCCCAGGUCAGCUACGGGGUGUUCAUGGUCACCCUUGGAGCCUUCAUCUUUGGACAGACCACUGCCAAUGCCAUCUUUGUGGAUCUUACAGCCUGACUCCUCCAGGCUGGACUGCACUGCUGCUGCUGAGGGGAUGGAGAUUUCCCCUAGGACCAAAGGGAAGUGGGAAGAAAACAUGUUGGUGUGUUGGGAAGAUCCAAGAGAACCAUGGUGACUUGGGGCUUGGCUGAACAAGCCCUGUGGUGGUUUGUAUCUCAUUGUCUUAAGGCUCCAGGCAGUCAGACUUCUCUCAGGCCUGGCUCCCUGGUGAAGCCAAAGCAACACUACAAGGGGACCUGUCAUCCAGGGCAACUCUUUCUGCCCCUGGGAGUAGACAUCACUAAGGGGUCAUGGUUGGGGUUUGCAAAGCCAUGCUGCUCUCAUGUAUGUACCCUUGUGCUGGUGGAGCUCCUCUCCACAGCUAAAAGUCCUUCUCCCAACUUUUGAGAGAGAAGCAGUGUUCUACAUAAAGGGAAAUAGUAAUCAUGUUUAUCAGACAGGGAGACAUCCCAUUGUCCUAUUCUGUGUCAAUGUUUGGUUUGAGCUCUGAUUUCCUGCCGGUCUUCUGCCCCUACUGUCACAUCUCCCUCUGCCUGGGCUGCACUUUGUGUUACAAAGGGUUGCCUUCAGUCUGUUUGGGUUUUUUUUCUUUUGAGGAUCAGAAUGACCCUGAGGUAGGGACAUGCCAGUGCAAUGUUUUCCUUGCCAGGGGUUGCUCACUCAGUAGAGAAGCUGCUAUGGCUGCAUCAACCUACUGAAGACACUACAAUAGAGCAAAGCUCUUCUCCAGAUUUACAAUCCCGUUCUUCCAGGUGUCCAGGAAAUGGGACUGGGCCAGGUUUUAAGAGAUGCUUUUGAGAUAAAGCAGUCAGUAUUAAUUUGUUUUAUAUUGUUCUCUUUUUCAUUUACACUCUCUAUGGCUGGUGUUGCUCUGGGCUGUCCCUCUGUUGCCUGUCUGGAUGAUAGUUUCAUUCCUGCUUUUUCUGGGUUGAGCAGUUCCCCCAGCUGCAGAUUUGGUUGGGGGCGUUAAACCUCAACAGCAAUGUUCUCUUGUUCUGUCUUUGAGUUUCUUUUUAUGUUGUUUGGCUUCUAAAACCCUUGGGGAGGGAGGAAUUCAGGUGUAGCUGUUGAUGCAUGUGUGACGAGGGUUCAGCCCAGAUUUGUGCAAAACCUGGCCCUGCAUUUCCUGCAUCUUCUGGAAGCAGCACAGGCUGUUGUGGUGGGAAGGAGAACCAUGGCUUGUGCUCCUACACUUCUCAACAUGGCUCUCUCCCACUGCAGCCAGUGGCUGCAGGAGGGGUGACAGCCCGUGGGUGCUUCCCCGUGUGGAAAUGUUUGGUCUUUCCAUACUAAAACUGCGUGUAAAUGGGGAUCUCCCCAUUGCUGCUUGGGACAGGGAGACCCAGGUGGAGAAGGAGGAAGAAAAGCCCAAAGCACAGCAGGAAUGUUUGAAAGAUGCUGUGAAAGCACAGAUACCUCCUUCCUCUCCCAAGGGAUCUCCACUUGUAUGGCACCGGCUGUGUCCCGAGCCCCUUUGCCAGGCUCCUGCCUGUGAGCAGGAGCUGGGGCUUGGGGACCCUUUGGCAUAAAGAAGAUGGCCAGUUGUCCUGGAUGUGGGGAGCAGAGACACCACCCAUGGAGCCCAGCAGAUAUGCUCAGCAGAUGCCAAUGCCAAAAUGCCUUCCAGUGCCCAUCCUGCAGGAAGAUGAAAAGGUUUGGUACCUGGUGGGUCUUGUGGCUCUGGUUUUCCUGAAGGUGUGCUAGGCAUGAAGUCCCUUGGCCGAAGUGGAGGAGAACACAGUGUCUCAUGUCACCUGGGAAACACAUGGGCUCCCUUGGUGCCCCUGUGGCUGAGGGCUGGGCAGGUCUGGAGGUGCUGUGGCCGUUCCUGCUUGCCUUACUGCUCCCCUGUUUACAAACACUGGCCUUUUAACAUGUAUUUUGUACAUGCAGAAAGUGGAGGGAACUCAAUAAAAGUGACGUUGUGAUGCGUGUGUCA